UGCCUUGAGCCGGCGUCCGCUCGCUGUCCCCAUUGCCACCCCUUACCUAUCUAUCCACCUCCGCCGGCACUGUCUUGGGCAAUAGCCGAAAUCUGAAAGCCAGCUAUUCCCCGGUUCCCCAUCUCCCACCUCGUCAUCCCCCUUGAAUCCGCUUCACCGCGAUGGCUUCUAGAGGCUACGACGAGGAGGAGCUUUCCAUGUCCCUCUCGCCGUCCCAGAUUCGACGGAAUCAAGGCCCCAGGAUCCCCGCCAUCAACAUUACCCACCCCGCCGCCGAUGCCUCCAACAGCCGUUCUCGAGCCGCCAACCAACCCUCCGAUCGCGCUUCGCAGCAGGCACGCGAGAAGUCCAAGGCCGACCAGCGCAUUGGUGCUUACAAUGUUAUCAAGACACUGGGCGAGGGCUCCUUCGGCAAGGUCAAGCUGGCUGUGCACAGGUCGACCAACCAGCAGGUCGCUCUCAAGAUAAUCGCACGCAAGAAGUUGAUCAGUAGAGACAUGGUCGGGCGAGUUGAGAGAGAGAUUGAAUAUCUCCAACUCCUCCGCCAUCCCCACAUCAUUAAGCUCUACUCUGUGAUUAAGACUCAGAAUGAGAUCAUAAUGGUGUUGGAGUAUGCCGGUGGAGAGUUGUUCGAUUACAUUGUAGCUCACGGCAGGUUAGAUGAGCAAAAAGCGCGUCGAUUUUUCCAACAGAUGAUCUGUGCUGUCGAGUAUUGUCAUAGACAUAAGGUGGUUCAUCGAGAUUUGAAGCCAGAGAACCUGCUGCUUGAUGACCAGCUCAAUGUCAAAAUUGCCGAUUUUGGAUUGAGUAACAUCAUGACCGAUGGCAACUUUCUACGGACAAGUUGUGGUAGUCCCAACUACGCUGCGCCUGAAGUUAUUAGCGGAAAGUUGUACGCAGGUCCCGAAGUUGAUGUCUGGAGUUGUGGUGUCAUCUUAUAUGUGCUAUUGGUGGGGAGACUGCCUUUCGACGAUGACCAUAUCCCAAGUCUGUUCGCCAAGAUUCAACGGGGCGUGUUCACUGUUCCGCAAUGGAUCAAUUCAGAGGUUGCGGACCUAAUCCGUAAAAUGCUUCAAACUAACCCGGUCCAGCGAGCGACCAUUGAGGAUAUCAGACAAGACCCGUGGUUCUCAAAAGAUCUUCCCCCGUAUCUCGCUCCACAGGUCGAGGAAUUCCUCAAUACUGGCGUCGACCCCAAUAAAGCUAUCCGGCCUAGUGAUAUAGCGCCAAACGCGCCCGCCCAAAUCCAAGAGAAGCUUCAUGAUGAAGUAACGGACAAGAUCAGUAAAACGAUGGGUUACGGCAAGCGGGACGUUCAAGAAGCCUUAGAAGCUAACGAACCGUCUGCAAUCAAGGACGCUUACAUGAUUGUUCGAGAGAAUAAACUAAUGCAAGUAAAUCCUGCUUACGGUACUGGUACCGACAAUCCCUAUUUUGCCACUUCUCCUCCAAAUACUGGCCAUGUCGAGCAAAUGCGGAGUGUCUCGGAAGCUAUGGGUGAUGUUUCACUGGAUAAAAAGGAGAAACAAGGCGAUGCUGGUGAAUAUACGCAAGAGUCCCAGGCCAGCCCGCUCGCAGAUUCCACUCGAUCGACCUCCACAAUCACCAGCGCUUCUCCUCGCGGUUAUGUAAGCCAUGUCGGUAUUCUGCCCACAAGUCUUCCCGCACUACACAGAGAGUAUCUCGAACGUCAAAAUGCCGGAGUCGAGGAACCCCUCAAUGCGCCGGUCCCCGAAGUUCCACUUCAGCCUAGGACACCUGCAGAGCAACAAGAAGCUGUCCGUCGUCUCAAACCGCACUCUAAAAACAACAUGCGCCUCGAUGAAAGUCACAGCCGCCCUCAGCAAAUGACGCCUGUCUCUACGAAAAAGUCCAAACCGGUUCGUUGGCAAUUUGGCAUUCGCUCUCGCAAUGCUCCUUUUGAAGCGCUGCUAUGCAUAUACAAAGCUUUGGCUAAGCUGGGGGCAGCUUGGGUCCUUGACGAGGAUUACGACAAAGUCCACGGUGAAGAAUCAGAGACGCAUGCAUCUAGCGAAAGAUUACCUGGGAAGGAAAACCCCUAUAAUGGCGUUCCAUUAGAACAAAUUGAUAUGCAUAAAUUUAACCCUACUUUGUAUUACAAAUUACCCGCUGAUCCAUGGCACAUUACAUGCCGAUGGAAGAAGGAUGAUAUCCGCAAGGAGUCCGUCUCCUCCGGACUCACAACUUCCGAGGCUACUUCCGAACAGAAUACAUAUAUCUAUUCCGGUAUGGAUAAACGCCAACAUGACUUUGUCUGGAUGCGCAUGGAGAUUCAGAUUUACGAAAUGGAGCCGACAGUGUAUCUUGUGGAUUUCAAGUGCUCUGGCUACGAAAGAGCAGACGGGACUAUGCUGGAAGAGAAGGAUGUCAUGAGCCCGUUUCCAUUUCUUGAUAUGGCAGCCAAGCUAAUUAUGCAGCUUGCUGAAGCCGACUAAACACGAACCGAUGGUUAUUUACUAAUUAUUAUUGCCAUCCCCUCAUCGAGCAAACUCGACAUCUGUAGACAUUGAGUCUCAUUGUAUCUUGGAAAGUGGACCCCGCUUAUACUUUGUCCUUGGACAAC